CGCCCACACCCUGCAAGCCCUGCGUCAGAUAGCUCUUCGCCACCCUCACUGCAACCCGAGAUAAAAGCCAGUGCCUGGCUGUGCUCAAGAUGUGACAGCCUGUUUUCUGCCCCUGGAUUUAGCAGAAAUAGGCUGCAUUAUUAGUGGGGCUGGGGUCCGGUUCUGCUGCAUGCUGGCCUAUGGACAGCUGUACAGGCAUGCCUUCUCCACACAUCAGCUGCCGCCGUUUGCUAGUCAUACCACUGUGCAGCCCUGCUAUCUAUGGGGUAAAUUCAGUUUUCUUAUCAUUUUUUCUCUUAGGGCAGGUGAGAGGUGUUACAGGACAGGAUUUCAGGAUCUCCUUCAUCAAUGCCUAGUGCCCAGAGGCACUCUGGUUCAUGCCAGAGCAAAGUGUGUACCAACAGAGCUGAUCAGGAGGAUGGGAGCUGACUCUCAGUCAUCGAGCCCUCCCCUCUGCUCCUCUAGCGAUGUAGGCAUCCCUAAAUGUGUGUCCCCCAGGGCCCCUGGGCAAUGCCAGAGCAGGAGGUGAGCAGAGGAGAGAGAAAGGGAUGGAAAAUCAGACCCACAGAAAAGGUCCCUUCUGGGGUCUCCUGCCCAAGCAGAUGAAAUAAGUGAUUUUAAUACCAUGGGAUAACACAGUGCCAUGAAUUAUAGUGCCCAGGUUAGGAAACCUACACAGCAAAAAGCCCUCAGGCAUUGACACAGCCCUGUGUGUGACACUGCAUCCCUGUGCUCACACACUAAAAUCCUGCAGUGCAACUGCUCUGCUAUGUCUUGCUGAUAAUUCAGCUGAACUGUGGCUAAUCCCAGAGUCCUGAUCCUUGGUGGUUUGCAUUAUCCCUGUGGUUCUGUAGGCACAAAGAGUGUCUGGAGUUGGGGGCUGUCCCGGUGUCUCUGCACUCUGACAAGUCAGCAGGGAAUUCCCCUGGACUCAUUUUUUGCAAAUGCAGCUCUGCUGAUGCAGGGUUUAAACUCACAGUCAUCAGUUCAGGAGAGCUGAAAGUAGCCAGAAAGACCGAUUGCGCAGGGCUGGACCCUGGAUGCUUUACAGGCCCAGGAAGGCAAGAGCCGAAGAGCAGAAUAGGUGCUGGCACAGAUUGUCAGGAUCAGCCCACAGAGCGCAGAGGGUCUGGGCUCACCUGCUGUGGGACAGGCUGGGGUGGGAAAUCCCUGUGGGAGGGAGCCCAGACAUGCCAGGCAGGUUGGAGACCAUCCUCAGGACCUUAGACAAGAGGCAUGAAACCUCUGCCUCUGAAAAUCUUGGGGCUUUUGCAGUGUUCUCAAGGCACAUGUGGCACCAAAUCUCAAGAGCAGGCACCAGCCGCCUCCUUCGCUUGGCUGCUAAUGGCAUCUGAUGCUGCCUUCCUCCACCGCUUCCCCCGGCCCUUGCCCAUGCUCCUGCCUUGGGGAGCACGCUCACACCUGAAGGACUUUCAGGUUGAAAACCCAAAAGCUAAGGGAAUUAAACCCCAUGCCUGCUUUCCAGACCUGAGCUGAAGCUUGCCGCCAGCGUGGGACAGGAGAUAAGAAUCCCUGAAAGCUGCUGGGCAAAGACAAAACCUGCUGUCCUGGGGACUGCUCUAGGUCCAGGUCCCUGCGUGCAGGGUGAGAGAGAGAAAUGAGGUUUGUGGAUUGUCCUUUCAUAUUGAUGUGAUGCAGCCAACAGUAAACAGCCUUGUUGACCUGGAUGCUGUGCAAGCCUUCCCUGCCUUGCAGGGAUCCUAGUCUGCCGUCAUGCAAAAUGUGGUGUGAAUUAGUGAGGAGAGAGGUGAGGGAAAGGAGCCCAAACUAAUUCAGUUAUCAACCCACCAUGGUGGCUAUCAAUCAAACCAGCUUACAGCCUGCCUCAUUCCUUCUGCUGGGCAUGGCAGGCCUGGAGGACCUGCACACCUGGCUCUCCAUCCCCUUCUGCUUGGUGUACAUUGCAGCACUCCUUGAGAACUUCAUCCUCUUGUUUGUCAUUGUGACAGAGCGAAGCCUCCAUGAGCCGAUGUACCUCUUCCUGGCCAUGUUAGCGGUGGCAGAUCUCAUAUUAUCCUCCUCCACAGUGCCCAAAGCCCUGAGCAUAUUCUGGUCCCUUUCCAAGGAGAUGUCUUUCCACGCCUGCCUUACCCAGAUGUUCUUCACACACCUGAGCUUCAUUGCAGAGUCGACCAUUCUGCUGGCCAUGGCGUUUGACCGGUACGUGGCCAUCUGCAACCCCCUGCAAUAUGCCACAGUGUUCACGCACUCGGUGAUAGCCAAGAUAGGGCUGGCUGCAAUAGCCAGGAGCUUUUGUGUGAUGUUCCCAGCAAUAUUCCUCCUUCAGAUGCUGCCAUACUGUGGACACAGCAUCAUGCCACACACCUACUGUGAGCACAUGGGCAUCGCCCGGCUGGCCUGUGCCGACAUCUCCGUUAACAUCUGGUACGGCUUUGCCACCACCCUUCUGUCCCCAGGCCUGGACAUUGUGCUCAUUGGGGUAUCGUACAUCCUCAUUCUCCGGGCUGUCUUCAGGCUCUCAUCCAAGGACGCCCAGCUCAAGGCAGUUGGCACCUGCAGCUCUCAUGCCUGCAUUAUAUUAAUGUUCUACACACCAGCAUUUUUCUCAUUUUUCACUCAUCGGUUUGGCCACAACGUCGCCACCAACAUCCUGUUGGCCAAUCUCUACGUGCUCCUGCCACCUGUGCUAAACCCCAUCAUCUACACUAUGAAAAACAAAGUAAUUCGAGAAAAGGUGUCCCAGGUACUCUUCAGGACUGGGCAAGUGCGGUGACAGGGAUGCUAUUCCUUUGAAAGGAAAGCACAGAGAAAUGCUCUGGACCAAAGCAGCAGAACGUAUGCAUGUGAAAUAACCCAGUUUCCUACCUUUUUUAGACUCAGCCCAACAUCACUGCUGAUCAGAUUUCCUGCUAGAUGUUUCCUCAGACUAAAUUGCAACACUAAUGAAAAAGGAGAAAUUAGUGGGGAACCACAGACCAGAAUUUGGGUUGAUGCAAUCUGGUGUUAUACCAUUACCAUCAGAGCUUUAUCGAUGGAUUUGGUUGGACCUACAUGGUGAUGAGAUGCAUGUUUUCUGCUUGGACUCUGCCAUGGCCAGCUCCCCAUUCAGUGCAUGUUUCUAUAUCUUGUAUCUCAAUGUUUUCAGAAAAUAUCAAACAUUUCCUAGGUAUAAGCUGAGAAAAACAUAUUGUAUUGUAUUAAAUGCAGGAAUUACUGUUCAAGUUUCUCUGACCUCUUCAGUGCAAGCUAGAUAAACAUAAUCAAUCGUUUAAACUUCCUACUGCCAAGAGUCAGCGCUGCUGCCUCUGCUCCACUGAAUUUUUGCUAAUUUGUAAUGGUUGGAGAUCUGCCCCCAAAUGAGAUCUUUUUCAGGAAAACAAAACCAAGACCAGAAGUUUUUACAAAUGGGGUGAAUCAUUACAAAAUGGCUUGUGGCUCAAAGUUCUGCAUCUUCCCAAGAGCCACAUUCAAGACCACGCAGGUGAGCAGGUCACUCCCUGUACAAUGGCAGCAUUGACGUCUGUCCUCCCCUGCUCUGCAUCCCACAUAGCUCGUGGCUUGAGCUGCCCCUCCAGACCCUUCCCUCCUGCCUGCCACUGGCAGGAUCUCCCUUCUCCGGAGACCUGGUUGUUCUCAUUAAACCUGGAAGCUCUUGAUAUCCCCAUGAUUGUUCUGUAUCUGUCAGACUUGGUAGAAAAUAACUAGAAAAUUAAGAGUUUAUGUGGGAGCUGACAGACAAACACAGAUGCAGGCACCCUGCUUGCUUUGAUUUACACAGGAAGGUGAAUCAGCUGUAAAAAAAUAUGAAAACUGGAAGAAAGGUGAAGUUGAUAGGGAUUGGUAUGAAUACUAAUGUAGGAAGUGUGGGAAAUUCAUACAGGGUUGUUUGGGUUUUUUUCACACAGAAAAAUCCAUAACCAGGAGAAAGAAGGACUUUAGGAGAGAUGUUUUCUAAGCAAUAACUGAAAAAAGAGAAUUAAGAAAUUACUCAGUCACUGUAUGGACAGCGAAACUAUGAGUCAGGGUGGAAAUGCUCAGGAAAUGUUUGCCUUGAGGAAAAAGCCAGGUGCUAAAGCUUUACCAUGUGCAAAUGAUGAAAUAUUCUCCCUCCAGGAGUCGCAAAGAAGACAUUAAAACAAUAAAUACAGGAACUUUCUCAGAUCUGCAGCUGCAGACGAUUGCUGUUUAAGAAUUUUAAAAGAUCUUGGUGAUUUUGCUGCCAUGCAAUGCAUCCACAUUUCUACUUGCAGGAUGACCCACACAGUCAGUCCACAGCUCCAUCGCUGCAGGGACCAGCCAGAGCCAGCCAGGGGCUUUGCUGCUGGGACGUGCUCCUUACCUGUCCCAAACCCCAGGACCCCAAUGCUGCCAGGGGACA